AUGAUAGAAACAAUGGAAAACGAGAAUACAACUUUUAUUAAUAAGGUGGAAACCUUUGAUGAUGAUUCAUAUGAUUUUGAAAAAUUAGAAAAAGGAAUUCAAAUUAUGAGUGUUUAUACAUUUGAAGGUCAAGAACACGUAGUUAGAAGAAAUUUAAAUUGUGAACCAAAAACUGAAACUAAUCAGAAAAACAAUAAAGCCAAAGAAUAUUAUAAAAGUGUGUUUGAUGAUGACGAAAGUGUUUCGUUUUCUGAACAAAUUGUUAUACCUUUAAUAGCAUCUGGUCUUUCAAACUCCAAUUAUCAUGAUAAUGUUAAUAGUGUUUCUCAAUCAACUAAUACAACUUUUAAUGUUAAUUCAGGUUCAAUUCUAAGUCAAUUAUCUAAUUAA